AACUCUUGCUAAGUCCUAAUAAGAUAAAUGGGGAUUUAUCGUUUGAUUCAUAAUUAAAAUUUAAAGGUAUUAUUUUUGAGGCCAAGUUUGUGAAAUCAAAGAUUUUAGUUAAUUUUAUAUUGUAAUAUAUCUGAGAAAAAUCCAAUUGGAUGAUUUUAAGGGUUUCAUUAUUUAAAUGAUAGUUGAUUUUUUGUUGAUUUUUUGACCAGGUUAUAUCUGUGAUGAAAAACGACUUCAAAUUGUUUCAAAAAGAAAAAUAAUGAAAAAAAACAACUGGGAGUAAACAUGUUAAUAGUAAACUGGAUAGAUGAAUAUGACUUUUGAAGAACAAUUAUUUUGGAGUCUAUGUUGGCAAAGUCAAAAAGAACAAUUGGACAGUUUUCUUGUUGAAUCGAUAAAAAGAGAUAUUUGUAAAUUGGUUAAAAACCAAGGAAAUUCCCCAAAAUUAUUCAUAAAAAUGACAAUACCAUAAAAUGCAUUUUUAUAUAGUUGAAAAGCUAUUUAGUUUUGAUUUACUUUCAAUCUAUACUUUUCCAGGUCCUAAGUUUCGAUAAAUACUAUUUCGAAAUAAUUAUUUAUGAAACUGGAAACUGGUUUCUAUUACUGUUUAUAAAUGGUUUAAAUAAAUUACAUAUAAAAUCCAAAUAAAAAAGCCAAACAUUGAGUGGUUCUAUUGAUCUUUUGCUAACUAUUCAGCAAAUGUGC